ACAUGACUUUGGUAGUAAUCGAUGUCUCGUAAGAUACAUUUAGUUUGUAUGUGUGUCAGUCCAAACAAUGCUAAUAAUCUUUUAAAAUGUAUAUAUUUGCGCACAUGAAGUCCCUCUUCUAAAACCGUCCGAGAGAAAAAAAAUACCAAGUCAAAGAGGUUCCAGCCAUACCCGGAAGAAUAACGAGUGGCGUCGUUGUGUUGCGUGAGGAAGAGUCUGGUAGGGCAAAAUCCGAAAUACUAUCUAAUAAACGGCGACUGCAUGAUAACCGGUUAGUUAGUUUUUCAGACAAGAGGGACGGGUGUCAGUGUGUUUUACGUGUUAUUUUUUCUCACUGUAUUUUCUUCAGUAACCUUAUUCCAGGUCUAUCACAAGUGUCCUGCUACAACGAUGGCGAGUUAUCCAACAGAUAAGACAAGCGAAAGCGACAGCGACAGCAGCAACAUCAACAAUGCGAAGAACAAAGAGGCUGAAACAAGAGACAAAAAUAAUGAGACAGAGACCUGCACAGACCAGGACGCUCAAGUCAAAGAUUUCCAGUCAGCGGGGGCUCAAUUUGAAAAUUCCAGUGGUGAUUCGUCUGGGAAUACGGGGGUAGACAGAGUGAAGAAAAAAGGAGAUGAUGGCCAAUCUGGGGAUACUGAACAUGUACAUAAAGAAAAAGAUGAUGUGAUGCCAACACAACAAACCUGCUCUUCUGGAUUUCAACAAAACGAGCAAGAUCAGAUCGUCAGACACACAGGGAAGACCACCAAUGUCUCUCACGCUGGGAAGCAAGAGGAUGCAAAGCACAACAGUAAAUCCGGUAAAAGACAAGAAGACAUGCCGAAACCGAUUUCCAGUGGCUCUCAUACCGAAAAACUGUCUUACUCUAAACCUAACACUCUGAAAACAGCAGAUGAAGGGAAAGACCGUAAACCUGAGAUUAAAGAAAAAGAUUCACAGUCAGUGGGGGCUCAAUUUGACAAUUCCAGUAGAGAUGACGCCCAAUCUAGGGAUUCUAUAAAUGUGGAUACAGAAGCAGAUGGUGUUGGUUCAUCUGCUGAUUCUGGUGAAAAGAAUGUCACUUGUCCUAAAGAAGAGACGACAAAACUGAUUCUUACUGCUUCUCAGAUGGAAACUAAAACUGAGAAACAAGUGAACAAAAAGAGUCUCAGUAAAUCUGGUGUUAGUUCAUCUGGUGAUUCUGGACAAGUUAAAGUAGAUGAUGACAUGCCGAAACCGAUUUCCAGUGGCUCUCAUACCGAAAAACUGUCUUACUCUAAACCUAACACUCUGAAAACAGCAGAUGAAGGGAAAGACCGUAAACCUGAGAUUAAAGAAAAAGAUUCACAGUCAGUGGGGGCUCAAUUUGACAAUUCCAGUAGAGAUGACGCCCAAUCUAGGGAUUCUAUAAAUGUGGAUACAGAAGCAGAUGGUGUUGGUUCAUCUGCUGAUUCUGGUGAAAAGAAUGUCACUUGUCCUAAAGAAGAGACGACAAAACUGAUUCUUACUGCUUCUCAGACGGAAACUAAAACUGAGAAACAAGUGAACAAAAAGAGUCUCAGUAAAUCUGGUGUUAGUUCAUCUGGUGAUUCUCGACAAGUUAAUGUACAUGAUGAGGGAGAUCUCAGUCUCAAAGACAUGCCGAAACCGAUUUCCAGUGGCUCUCAUACCGAAAAACAGCCUUACUCUAAAUAUGAAACUCUGAAAACAACAGAUGAAGGGAGUGACAGGAAGCCUGAGAUGAAAGAAGAAGAAUUACCUCAACACUCCCCCUAUUCUGGACUUCCACAACAAAGACCACCACAGAUCAGAGAAGGAACGGAUAAUAAUCUGCCAUGGAUUGGAAUUUUUGUUGUCCUUGUAUCUGUGGUUUGUGGUUAUUAUCUGCACUUUUCUGGCUCGACACCAAACAAAAUACCAAAACAGCUUGAUAUGGUGGAAGUGUUCAAUCAGGAAAUGGAAAAACUUCAGGCCAGCUUCCCUAGUCAGCGUCAAGAGCUCUGGAAGAGAAGUCUUAUACACAUCAGACGCCACUUAAAGACUGAGCAUCCCACUGAACCCGUCAGCCUUAUUCUGACCUCUGGCCAUAGAGCCGAAAAGACGCUUGGUUGUCUGGCUCAGUGUUUAGCUCAAGCUUUUUCCACUACACGAAACUCUACAUUUUUGAGCAUUGACGGAAAAGCCAAGACAUCACUAGACAGCGAUCAGGUCAAGCUGGACAUCGACAGUGAGUUAACUAAAGCGUUUGAGAGUGAAAAGUUUGCAGCAGUUAUCCACCGUUUCGAGGAGCUUCCUCCUGGAUCCACGCUCAUCUUCUACCGCUACUGUGACCAUGAAAAUGCUGCUUUUAAAAAUGUCUUCCUGGCUUUUACUGUAAUGCUCGAUGCUGAAGCGGAAGUGCCAUCCAAUAUCAAUCUUGGAAGAAUCGAGGAAAUGGUUCAAGAUCAUGUAAAACAGAAGUUUGUCUCCUCUGACAAGUCAGCGGUGUUUAAUCAAAUGGAUGUGGACAAACUGAGCGGACUGUGGAGCAGAAUUUCACAUCUCAUCUUGCCGGUGGUCGCAGAAAAGAGAAUUGAGCAACAGGGCUGUGGAGCCUGUGAUAAACCUUUCUGAAAUCAGCUAGAUUUUUAUUUUUUGCACAAAUUAAUACUUCAGACCAGACUCAAGCAUUGCCGCUGAAAAUAAAGGUCUAUGGUUGUCUGGUAACUCUGUGGAUGAUGGGCCUCACUUAAAAACAUUUCAGUUUAAUUAUAAAUUAGCUUCAAUAGAAGACUUUAAUGAAGUUUUCCCAUUUGUAUAGCUGUACUAUAUUUUCUUGUACAUCUGUUAUUGUUUAAAUUGUUUUAAAGUUAUUUUUAAUCUGUAAAUGAAACGGAUAAAUGAACAGAUAUUUGAUGCCUAGCUUUUCCUGCUUUAGACAAAGUUAAUGUGCCUUAAUAAAUUACUUUGUCUAUUCGGA